CUUCCGCGGCGGCCGCGGGGCGGGGUGGGCCACGGCCGCGUCCCCCUGCUGCGGCGGAAGAUCGUUCGGAGGGCGGCUGCCGCACAGGUUCUGCUCACGUUGGUGCAAUGACGGACUUUGAAAAGAACCUCCAUCGGGAUGCAAUUUCCCAGCUGCACAAUUUUGCUGCUGUUGGAGAUGCAGCCAAACUGAAAGCAUUGCUCAGCGUUUAUCCGUCACUCAUCAAUGCAGCUGCAGAUAAUGGCUGGACAGCCCUGAUGUAUGGUGCCAGAAAUGGACACCUUGAGGUUGUGCGGAUUCUUCUUGAAGAAGGGUGUGACAGGACUAUCGUUAAUAAAUCAAGGCAGACAGCUCUAGACAUUGCUAAAUUUUGGGGGUACAAGCACAUAGUUAAUUUGUUGGCUAAUGUGAAGGGUGGGCAGAGGCCUACUUUUCUGUCAAAUGAAACAAGGGAAUAUGAAAAUUAUUUUGGCUUGACACUUCUGGACAGAAGGAGUGAUAAAAGAACAGAUACCAAGUGGCUAAGCAAAAAACAAAGCCAUCCAACUACAGUAUACAUUCUCUUCUCAAAUCUGAGUCCUUUGGUUACUUUGGGUGGUGGAAAAGAGAGCUCUCAGCAGUCAGAAAUAAAGCUUUGCAGACUGCACCACAAAGAUGUGGAGCAGUACGUGAACCAAACCGAAGAUGGGACCUUGAUUUUCCUUGGAGUUGAGCUUCAGUUCUACACGAACCUGCUGGCUGCUUGCAAUGGAAGAGUUCUGCAAGAAGAUGAAGAGGAUGGGUUAGUUGCUUGGUUUGCUCUUAGCAUAGAUUCUGCUUCAGCUGAGGAAUUUAAACAGAAGCAUGAGGACUGUUACUUUCUUCACCCACCAGUGCCAGCGCUACUGCAGCUACCUGAAAAAGAAGCUGGAGUAGUAGCCCAGGCUAGAUCUGUUCUAGCAUGGCACAGUCGCUACCGAUUCUGCCCGACAUGUGGGAGUGCAACCAAGAUUGAAGAAGCGGGUUACAAGAAAACUUGUUUAAAAGAAGAUUGUCCCAGUCUCCAAGGUGUUCACAACACAUCAUAUCCAAGAGUUGACCCUGUUGUAAUAAUGCAAGUCAUCCAUCCAGAUGGCAACCACUGCCUUUUAGGUAGGCAGAAGAGAUUUCCCCCAGGAAUGUUUACCUGUCUUGCUGGAUUUGUAGAACCUGGUGAAACAAUAGAAGAUGCUGUCCGAAGAGAAGUAGAAGAGGAGGCUGGAGUCAAAAUUGGCCAUGUUCAGUAUGUCUCUUGUCAGCCAUGGCCAAUGCCCUCCUCCUUAAUGAUUGGCUGCUUAGCUGUUGCAGUGUCUACAGAAAUUAAAGUUGACAAGAAUGAAAUAGAGGAUGCCCGCUGGUUCACUAGAGAACAGGUCAUGGAAGUUCUCGUUAAAGGAAACCAGCGUUCAUUCUUUGUACCACCGAGUCGAGCUAUUGCGCACCAGUUGAUAAAACAUUGGAUUGGAAUGAAUGCUAAUCUUUAAUAAGUGAUUUUUUGCUGUUAUGCUCUGAAUGUUUGAUUUGGCCUUUUCUGUCCCCCACUGGAAGGAGUCACAGCAUUACAAGGAGGCCUGACCUUGCCUGCUGUUUGAACACUGUAUUUCCAUCCUUCCAAUUUGUCUUAAUUGUUUCAUUCUCAUUUUUUCCUAUCCAUUCUUUAAAUUCUGCCUGGCACAAAAAUCAGCAUUCAAUGUUGAAAGUCUUAUCAACAAUGGUUAUUUUUAAGCUAAUGGCAUACUUAAAUGGUAAAUAGGUAGUACUUUAUACCUUUUUACAUCAAUGACCCCCUAAGAGUAUUUGCUCCCCCGCUUUGAUUUAGCCUGCGCCUACCCAAUUGUACAUCAGCCUGAAUUUAAAGGUAUAACACAGUAUUCUGUUUAUGAAAUAUACUGGAGAACCAUCCUCAAAAGCCUAAAUAUUAGGUAUUUUUAUAUGAGAAUAAUGUAUUUACUGACCCUAAGCAGUGAAUUAUUUCAUUCUCUGAUAAUUGGAAAUGUAAGAGUAAUGGAGGAGAAAAGUAGAUUAAUUAAACAAUUCAUAAUAUCUCAGAAUAUGUACAGAGUUCUUUCAUGGAAAUGAAGACACUAAGAUUGUUACUACUGUUAGGAAUUCUACAGUUAAAAGAAAUAUAUUAACUCCAGCUGUAAGACUGGGAAAGCAACGUAGAAAUUAAAAUAUUUACUUACUUAUAUUUAAUACUGCAGUUCAGAUUUGUGCCUUAAUUUAUUGUGUUAUUGAAAAGAAUGUUAAUAUUCUUUCAAAAUGGAAGGUUAUAAAAGUAUACUGUAUUAUUAAUGUCAUUAUGUAAUGGUUCACUAGUCAGUGAUUAUGCAUUCAUUGCAGUGAUGAAAUGCAAAUGAAUGAAAGGAAAUACAAUGAUAGUUGUAAAUAUUAACUUAUCAUAUGAUAAUUGGUUUCUUCAGAGUAAUUUGAAUUUUUUUUAAUCAGUGAAUGAUUUCAGAUUUGUUUCAGAAUGCUCUGCAAACUGGAAUCAGUAAAAAAUUUUACAAAUCCUAAUGGUUCUUUUUUUUCCAUCCAGUGUCAUACUAUACUCAGCAGCUUUGUUUUUUUUUUUUUAAAACAGUGUGUAUCAAACUUUAAAGCAAGAAGCAUUUCUGACAGACUUGGAAGAGUUGACAAAUCAUUACAUUGUUUGAUUCAUUCCCUUGUUUCAGCUAUACCUACAAAUGAAGAAAACCAGGUUAUCUAUCUGUUGAGCCAUCUGAAAAUGAGAAGGAAGCAAUACACUGCUUCCCUUAAAAAUUGCUUUUAAGGGGAACCAUGAAAAGCUACCAGUGGGACUGCAUGUUAUCAGUGGAAUUGAUCUUUUAAAAAAAUGUGGGACCAAAGGAAGCCUAGUUGCAGGUUGUUCAUACGUGUAAAGGGUAAUGCAUGUAAACAGUGGUGGAAGCUAAGAAAUGGAAUUUUUAGCUAGUACUAUAUAAUUACACUUUAAGAAAGAUGAACAAGGAAGGGAUGAGGAUCAAAUGGAGGAGGGAAGAUAAAGAGCAAAUACAGGUAGCAUAAAGAUAAAGUAUUUAUGACAUUGAGGUAACUAAGAAUACAUGUAGAAGACCCAUCCUAAUAUUAAUUUUUUGUGUAGGAAAUUAUAACGGGUUCCUAUAACUGUGAAUCUCAGUAUCCAUAACCAAUACUGAUAUUAAGAAUCAGACUAUUUUUUAAUUGACAAUGUGUAUAAACAAUAUAUUUCUGCAAUUACAGUGCUAAUAAAUAAUCUGAAAAUUUUCAUUUUUCUUCAUGAAUAAAAGUAGAAAAAGGAUAGUUUAAAAAGAAAAUACUUCCAUAAUCUCCGAGUUUGAAAGUAGUAUUUUACUGAUCUUUCAGCUUUAAUUACUUCUGGUGUUGCAACAAUUUUUAAUAUAUAUAUAUUUUCAAAACCUACACCAAUGCUCCUUUUCAAGCUUUCUUUUUUCCCUUCCCAACAGAUGAACCAUUCAUGGAGUACAUGACAAAUACCCUUUGCUUAAGAAAAGUAAUUUUAUAAUUUUAAUCUCUUAUUUAAAGUGAAACUUUCCCUGGCUUUUUAUUGCUUAAUUUGACCUGUUUGUAGGUUGUAGGAUUUAGUUAUAGUUUGAAAAUACCUAUGCAUAGUCAUUUUCUGGAGGAUAGGUAUUGUUUGCAGAUUGCAUGUGAAAUAUCUACUUGAAGAAGCAAAUGCUGUAGUUAUUUAGCAACUAGAGCAAUUUAGAAAACUGUUGCAAAUUAAAUUUAGCAACAGUUAGAGUGUAGGAGUUCUAACUGGAAUAUGGUGGCAGGAACACCUCUGUAAGAUUUUCAGUUAUUUACUUACUCCAAAAGGCUGUAGGUUUGCAGUAUUCCUUAAACCUUAAAAAUAGAGAGGGUUUGUUCACACUGCGUAAUAAUGGUCUUGCUCUCUUCUCUCUUGCUUGUAUAAUGGUGCUAGAACAAAAAGAAUACUCAUUACCUAUAGAUGGACAAGGCAGAAAAUUCUGGGGAUG